AUGGAAAGAAAUGAGGAACUCGGGACAAAUUUGAGGAUUACGGUGGCUGCUAGUCAGGGUGGUCGGCGUUACAUGGAAGACCGAGUGUUCAUACAUACGGAGCGUAAAGCCGAUAAUUCGCUGAAAUGGACGUUUCUCGGCGUUUUCGACGGACACGGCGGCGAGCACGCGAGUGAAUUUGUGCGCAGAAAUCUGCUAGAUAAUAUCAUAAAUAAUGAGAAAUUUCAUAAUGAUGAUGACGACGAUGAUAUACUUGCGGCGAUUCGCGAGGGAUUCCUCACCACUCAUAAUAUGAUGAAAGAAGUUCAUGAUGAGUGGCCGUUCACCCCAUCGGGAUAUCCAUCAACCGCCGGAACCACAGUUAGCUGCGUUUUCAUAAGAAAUGGAAAAUUGUAUACAGGGCAUGUUGGUGAUUCGGCAAUUUACUUGGGAGUUUAUGCAGAGAAUGGCGUUCGCGCACUCCCUCUAACAGUUGAUCAUAAACCGGAAUGUAUGCGAGAGCAGGAGAGAAUAAGAGAAGCUGGAGGAAGUACCGCUGUGAAAAGCGGAGUGACUAGAAUUGUUUGGAGGCGACCAGCGAAGAAUCAACGACCAGGGCCUGUUCGAAGGAACAGCUCAUUCGAGACGAUACCGUUCUUAUCAGUGGCCCGUAGUUUAGGAGACUUAUGGUCCUACAACGAAAGUACCGAUUCUUAUGUGGUCUCGCCGAUUCCUGAUGUCGAUGUUUAUGUUUUAAAUGAGCAAGAUUUUUGUCUGAUUCUGGCUUCCGAUGGAAUGACUAAUGUGAUGCCGGCUGAGCAAGCUGUCAGCAUUGUCUACCGCGAAGAGGAGCUCGUGGAAAUGCACAACGACAUGAAUCGCAAUCACGCUCGAUGCGUUCUUCGUUCAACUCUUCAGAAGUGGAGAUCGUUGCGCGCUGACAAUGUGACAGUUGCCACGGUUAUCUUUGAUCCUGAUAUGACGUCAUAUAGAGAGAAGGAUGUACUAAUGAAACUCGGACCAUUUCUACCAGUGGAUCAGGUGCUCACUGAUCGUCCUGAUGGAUUACUACAUGUUUCGAAGAAUAGGAAUGUUAUCUUGCGAACAAAACGGACACCGGUGGUUUAUAAUGGUUCAAAAGAUGCCAAUUUUUCACGCGUUUCUUAUCGUGGUCCCGGUUUUCGGACUCAUGAAGAGGAGAUGCAGGAGGAGAAGAACUAUAUAACUGCGAGAAAUUUGAUAAUUAAACGGAAUGAUGAUGACGAUGAUGAUGAAGAUGAACGCCGAUUGCGGAUUGUGACUGGAGAAGACGUUGAUGACGAUGACGACGAUGAUGAGGAUAUUGAAUAUGAUGAAGAUGACGAUGAUACGAACAUGUCGAUUCCAUUUGGACAAGAUUCGGUGCUUCAGCUCAAAGUUUCCAAUGAGAUGGUGAUGAAUGGCGCGAUGGCGACGAGCUCGCAGGUGAUUGAGACGAGAAUUUACAUGGUCCCCAGCCCUAUUCGGCCGUCUAACCCGGAGCCUCGGAGUCCGAUCGCGUCGAUGUCGACGUUUGAGCCUGAUGAUGGAACGGAUGAGGAGGAUCUCGAUGCGACGCCGUCGAAAAUGAGAUCAUCGCCGACUAAAAGUCCAAUGGCGAGUUCAUCGGUGCGACGAGUUAAAGCGCGAGCUUGUCGGCGACUUCGCACACCGAAAAUGGAGGUUGUUGAGGAGCGGCGAGUUACCAGAAGCUCAUCUCGAGCUGAUGCACUCAAAACGCCAUCGCCUAUUAAAAUCAAUCAGACGCCGGGAUCGAGGAAACGAUCUGAUUCGACGGCGGCGACGAGCUCAGCGACACCAUUGAGAAGAUCAUCCCGCCUCACUUCUGAUCCGACUACAUCGACGCCUGCAUCGCCGCCGGUCGGCCAGAAUGCGCCCCAAAGUCGUAAACGCGGUCGUGAGGAUUUGAAGGAGAAGGCGAUGAAUAAAAGUGGAGUGACGCCAGCGAUUAAUAUGAUGAAGAUUGUUGAGCCGGAUGGUGAAGAGGCUCCGCCGACACCAUCGCGAAGCGCGCCAUCAACCCCACUGAAGGCUGGACCUUCAAAAGGUCGAAACAUAAAGGCGAGUAAAUGGUCCCUAUCGAAAUUGGAAGCGCCGAAGCCUCAAGUCGAGAUUGUGCGUGUUUGCGAAUGUGCUGACGAUGAUGAUGUUGGUGAAGAGCUCAGCGAGCCGCCAUCGAAAAUUCGACGAAUUUAUGGUUUCAUGAAACGAUUAGUUGGAUGGCCGUCGAAAUGA